AUGAAACCGUCUGCAGUUGCGGUCGACUUUGGAUCCACAGAUCCAGACUCUGAUUUCGAGCAAGUUCCCUAUCCUUCCAACUACCCCUCCAACCACCACAACCACUACAGCCGCGAAGAAGAGCUGCCACUGCACUAUAUGUCCGAAGAGAAGGCGCGCAGGAGGGUCAAGGUACCGGCAGCCCCCGCUGGCAUUUCGGGCUAUGAGCCACAUUCGGAGGUGAAGGGGCAUUAUGGGGAGUACUACGACGACGAGGGCAAGGACGUGUACAACAAGGUUCGCCAACCGACAGCGCGCAUUGGCAGUGGUCGCCUUCCACAACCGCCUCAGCCGCCGCCCACAUCUCUCCGAGAAUUUUUCCUCCAAAACCUCGAACACCUCCCACCCAUCAUCUACACCCUUCUCUCCUGUUGGACGCGCUUCCACAAGAUUGGGGCAUCGAACAUCGUUGUCUGGGAUGAAGCCCACUUCGGCAAGUUCGGUUCACACUACCUCAAGCGCGAGUUCUACUUCGAUGUGCACCCGCCGCUCGGCAAGAUGCUCGUUGGUCUGGCGGGUCUGCUAGCAGGCUAUGACGGCUCGUUUGAAUUCAAGAGCGGGGAGACGUACCCGGAGAGUGUGCCAUAUGUUGCGAUGCGGGUGAUGCUGGCGACGUUUGGAGUGGGCAUGGUUCCUCUAGCGUGGUAUACGGCGGUUGAGUUGGGCAUGAGCCAGUGGGCGUGCCACCUUACGGCUAUGAUGGUCCUGCUUGACGUGGGCUGGUUAUGCAUAUCCCGUUUCAUUCUCCUCGAUUCGAUGCUUCUGUUCUUCACGUUCCUUACCGUUUUUUGUCUCACAAAAUUCCACAACCAGCAAUACCAGUCAUUUUCGAUUGAUUGGUGGCUAUGGCUGUUCUUAACUGGGGCGUCCAUUGGCGCGGUCACUAGCGUCAAGAUGAUUGGUCUGUUCGUCACGGCACUUGUUGGAAUUUACACUAUUGAAGAUCUUUGGGAGAAGUUCGGCGAUACGAAGAUGUCUUGGCGAGAUCAAGCUAGGCAUUGGGGUGCUCGAGUCGUUUGCCUCAUAAUCGUUCCCAUCCUCGUCUUCAUGGCUUCGUUCAAGAUCCAUUUCAUGGUUCUAAACCAUUCUGGUCCAGGCGACGCACAGAUGAGCUCGCUAUUCCAAGCCAAUCUUGUUGGCAAUGAUUUUUCCAAAAAUCCCCUCGACAUCGCUUAUGGCUCCAAACUCACGCUGAAAAAUAUGGGCUGGGGUGGCGGUCUCCUCCAUUCGCACGUCCAGACUUACCCCGUCGGCUCAAACCAGCAACAAGUAACUUGCUAUCACUACAAAGACAACAACAACGAGUGGACCGUCUUGCCACGAUGGGACGAGCCACCGUACAACCCGAACAGUGAGAUGCGCUUCCUCAAGCACGGUGACGUUAUCCGCCUGAGUCAUGCGCCGACCACGCGAAACCUGCACUCGCACACCGUUCAUGCACCUGUGACGAAGCUCAACUACGAAGUAUCGUGCUACGGCAAUGAGACGAUUGGCGACAGCCAUGACUAUUGGAAGGUCGAGGUCGUCGAUGAUAUCAAGCGCGGCGCUAAGGUGGACAGGAUACACUCGCUUACGACGCGUUUGAGGUUCAAGCAUAAUCACCUUGGAUGCUAUCUCAGGGCAGCAAACGCAAUUCUGCCGCAGUGGGGUUUCAAGCAAGUCGAGGUUAGCUGUGAUAAGGAGAACAACCCUAAGGAUAUUCAUACGUAUUGGAAUGUGGAGAGUCACUGGAAUGAUCGACUACCCGCCGGCGACACCAAGUUCUACCGCUCGCCCUUCCUCCGUGACUUCUGGCACCUCAAUGUCGCUAUGAUGACCUCCAACAACGCACUCAUUCCUGACCCUGACAAAGAGGACAUCCUCGCUUCCAAACCCUUCGACUGGCCCCUCCUCCACCUCGGGCUGAGGAUGUGUGGCUGGAAUGAUACGCAACUCAAGUACUACCUCAUGGGCACGCCGAUCAUCUGGUGGGGCAGCACGGUCAGUUUGGGCCUUGCACUCGUUACGCUGGGCUGGUAUGUCUUGAGGAAGCAGCGGAAGUAUCAAGAUAUGAACGAGAGGGAAUGGGAGCACUUCUUGUAUGUGGGCAAGGUUGCGCUGUUUGGGUGGAUUUUCCACUUCGUACCUUUCCUCAUCAUGGGUCGUGUAACAUACCUGCACCACUACCUUCCGACGCUGUACUUCGCGGUCCUCAUGCUCUCCCAUGUCCUCGACCACUACAUUUUCUCCUCGCGGAGGUUUACACAACAAACAAAAGCCAUCAUCUUCGGCGUCCUGGCUUUCGCUCUCAUUCUUUGCUUCUGGUGGUUCAAGGGAGUCGCGUUCGGCAUCAUGGGACCGGUCAACGAACACAAAGGAUUGGGAUGGCGCGAGUCAUGGAAUAUCUACAAUUCAUAG